GACAGGUCCCACGCCGCCGGGCUCCGCCGCGCGGCUCGCAGGUGGGGCCUGAGAGCACUUUGGAGCGGCAGGGCGCGCGCUCGGGCAGAGUGGCUCAGGGAACCUCGCACCCGGGCUAAGAGGACCCCAGUCUGGGAGGAGAGAGCGCGCUCAGGCCGGCCAGGGAAUUAGAGGAAGCGGGGCUGGAGUACAGUCCCUCGCCGCUGCCUGGAGCGCACGGAGCUCCGCGGCCCGGGAGCCGCGCAUUCCCUCACCCGGACCGAGCGCGGGAUGCACGACCGUUGAGCGGAGAUCCGCGCCUAGAGGCCACACGGGCCGGGCUGAGACACAAGCCUCCGCCAGCACCUCCAAGAUCCCAUCCCGGCGGCGCUCCGGGAACUGGGGCGCCCAACGCCGCCCCAAGGCUCUGGAGACUUGGGCGCGUCUGAGACGAUGGUUUCCUAAGCACGGCCACCCGUCCCCUCCUGUCCUCUCGACUGGAGACAGGGGUCCCGUGUUGGGCUCCUGGAUCUCCGUCCCCCGGAGGAGCCCCGGCCGCCGCCUCCCGGACAGCUCUCACGGCCGCAGGGGCGCACGGGCGAUGUGGCCUCCGUCCAGCGCGCGGGCCCGCCCGGGGCAUGUCAUGGCACCUGGCGAAGUCGCGGCCUAGCAUGGCCCACUCGCGGCCCGACGUCGCCUCCGGCUAGGAUGGCCCCUCCGGGCCCGGCCGGCGCCCACCCCACCUCGGCGGAGCCGCUGUCCCGCAGCCUCUUCCGGAAGUUUUUACUGAUGCUCUGCCCCCUGCUCGCGUCCCUUUACGUCUUCUACUGCCUGGCCGAGCCCUGCCAGACCCUGUCGGGCCCCGUGGUGGGGCUGUCCGGUGGCGACGAGGAGGCAGGGGCCCCGGGUCGCCGGGUCCUGGCUGGCGGCCCGAGCGAGCUGGCGGUGUGGCCCGCGGCAGCGCGGAGAAAGCGCCUCCUGCAGCUGCAGCAGUGGCGAAGGCGCCGGCCGCCCGCGCUGCGCGACGACGGCGAGGAGGCGGCCUGGGAAGAGGAACCCCCCGGCCUGGCAGGGGGUCCCGGCGGCUCGGGGGCCGGGAGCAGCGUGGCCGAGGCCCCGGCGGGGACCCUAGCCCUGCUGCUGGACGAAGGCCACAAGCAGCUGCCGCAGGCCAUCAUCAUCGGCGUGAAGAAGGGCGGCACGCGGGCGCUGCUGGAGUUCCUGCGCGUGCACCCCGACGUGCGCGCCGUGGGCGCCGAGCCCCACUUCUUCGACCGCAGCUACGACAAGGGCCUCGCCUGGUACCGGGACCUGAUGCCGAGAACCCUGGAGGGGCAGAUCACCAUGGAGAAGACGCCCAGUUACUUUGUCACGCGGGAGGCACCGGCACGCAUCUCGGCCAUGUCCAAGGACACCAAGCUGAUCGUGGUGGUGCGCGACCCCGUGACCAGAGCCAUCUCGGACUACACGCAGACGCUCUCCAAGCGGCCCGACAUCCCCACCUUCGAGGACCUGACGUUCCGAAACCGCACGACGGGCCUCAUCGACACGUCGUGGAGCGCCAUCCAGAUCGGCCUGUACGCCAAGCACCUGGAGCACUGGCUGCUGCACUUCCCGCUGCGCCAGAUGCUCUUCGUGAGCGGGGAGCGGCUGAUCCGAGACCCGGCCGGCGAGCUGGGGCGCGUGCAGGACUUCCUGGGCCUCAAGAGGAUCAUCACCGACAAGCACUUCUACUUCAACAAGACCAAGGGCUUCCCCUGCCUCAAGAAGGCCGAGGGCAGCAGCAAGCCCCACUGCCUGGGCAAGACCAAGGGCAGGACCCACCCCGAGAUAGCCCCGGAGGUGGUGCGGAGGCUGCGGGACUUCUACCGGCCCUUCAACCUCAAGUUCUACCAGAUGACUGGGCACGACUUCGGCUGGGAUGGAUAACCAUAUAAUUUAAAAAGAAAAAUAUUGAAAUAUAAUAUAUUUUUUUACCAAUUGGUAGAGGAGAGGCAGUUUAGUAUUUGUGCUGAAAAUAUUUGUUUCAGUAUUUUUUUCCGAUGAAUGUUGAGAUUGUUCUCACCCCGGCCCUCACCUCAGUGUGUAACCAACACCAAACAUUUGGAUAAAAAAUGAAAACUUCACUCAUCCAAAUACUUUCAGUUCUCAGCGUUUAUUUUAUCUAUUAUAUACACAACCGUAAACAAUGAGGAUCAGUUGUCAUUAAAAGUUUUAAGGAAAUCCUGAGGGUAAAAAUCUCUAUUUUUUUUUUUUAAACAAAGUCCCUGAUAAAAUGGAUAUUUUAUCAGUGUUGUGUUUCCUCCUUUAAUUUUCCCUGUGCCCUUUUCUCAGACCAUUUCCCACGUGAUAAUGCUGUAUGUUUGUACGUCACUCCAUUUUUUUCACAAUGGCUUCAAGUACAUCUUUUUUUUUAUUCUUACACUAUGUAGUUUAAGAACAAUAAUAUAGAGAUGAUUACCCCCAUUUUACAGAUAAGAAAACUGAGUCUCAGGCAGCUUAGAUGAUUUGUCAUUUUAUCAUGAAGCCAAAUGGUGGUCUCUGAGCAAAAUCCCAUCUUCCACUUGUUCCCUAUGUCAUGCCACUCCUUCUGGGGAGAAUGGCCAAUAAAGGCAUCACUGUCUUUAGAAAGAUUGCUUGUUUUUGGAUGAUCUGAGAAGGCACAGGGUUUCUGUUGCUUUGUAAAUUCCAAGGUACCCUUGGGGCCCAGGCUCAUUACACAGCGGGGCUUGUCCUCAAGGGUACCACUCACGCCUGGGCACAACAACCUUUCAGGGCCAACCUUGGCUUGUUGGAGUACCUCGUGAUGUGGAGAUCUCAGCUUGAUUGACGUUGAGAGAAAUUAUUGGAUUCUUUUUUUUUGUAUUGAGAACAAGAGGGACAGCCCCACUAGGAACAGGCCAAGAUGUGGCAGGAACAUAACUUAAUCAUUUGUUGAUUUGAUUGUCAUUUUUUAAAAAGAAAAACCCACGUCAGUAAUAGCUUACAAGCGUAAGUGCUGGUUUUCUUUCACCUCUUUUUAAAGAAAGAACGCCUGCCUCUCUACGUAUCUCGUUUCUGACCUUGGAGAUAGUGCUAGAAAAUUUCAGUUAAAACUUAUUUUUAAUGCUUCAUUUUUCAUGGAUGGAGAAUCCUCACUUUGCCACUUUAUCUUUUUUCCCAUUCCUUACUCAUACUGGUUAUAACCUAAUGUUCAUUAAUAUUUGGGAAAUAUUCUAAGAAAUAUUGAUUUGGGUAAAAUGAUGGCUAAUCCUCUUCUCCUGUGUGUUCUUGCCCAUCCCCCAUUUAAAUUGCUCGAAUAAAUCAACAGUUUAUUAAGAGUAUUCCUUUCCUCUCUGAGUGGGCGUUAACAAGACUAGCAUUAAUGAGAAUUAAAUUGGUUUGGAGAGAAGCACAUAUGCCCAAAAUAUAUAAAACAUUUGUAAUUACUCUGUCAACAACGUUUUAUUACAGGUUCAAACCCAAGAGGAAAAUGUCUCCUGUCUCAAGGAAGUUUCUUAUAUCUGCCGAUACUUAAAGUACUCUAAAACAAUAUGCCUUUUUCUUCUCCAAUGUUGUCAGUCACAAGAAAUUAAAAGUUACUUUAAAAUAUGCAUCACAAUUGUGCACUUACCACAGACGCUAUAGCCUGCGAUGUACUUUUUUAAACUGUGUUUUAGGUGAAAGUUUACAGCACAAACUAGUUUCUCAUUCAAAAAUUUAUACAGUAAGUGUUUUGAGAUGUUGGUUGUAAUCCCUGCAAUGUGUCAGCACUCUCCCCCUUUCCCUUCCCAUCCCAGGUUCUCCAUGUCCAUUCCUCCAGGUUUCCUGUCCC